AUGGAGAAAAUACAAUUGGCUGAAACUUGGACAGAGCCAGUGAAAAGAAAAAGUGUCGGUAGUAAUGAUUUAGAUGACUUUCAGAAAUCUUUUGAUCACUGGCAAAAUUUUAUCGAAAGUUUGAUGAAGGAGAAGUCAAAACUAGUGGAGGAUGUUAAUACACUUUCUCAUGAUAAACAAAAGCUUGUGUCUAAAAAUGAAGAGCUUGAGAAUCAAAUUGACCAUUUACAAACUGUUCUGGAUUCUACACAUAAAAGUUUACAUAGGAUUUGUGAUGUUGAGGAGGAAAACAGGGAAGUUAAAGCUAAUUUAGAGAGGCUAAAAGCAGAUAUUGAAGAUUCAAAUUUAAAGAUGGAUGAGAAAGAAAGACAACAUUUAAGAAUUAUAGAGGAAAUAACUAUUGAUAAUGAAAAACAGAAAGAAGGGGUUAGAAAUUCAAUGAAAAUUUUAUUAGAAAAUGAGAAAGAGAGAAAUGAAAUUUCCUUAAGAAAAAAGAAUUCAGAAGUAGAAGAAUUGAAAGAAAAAUUACAAAUAUCUAGUAGGGAAUCUGAAGCUGAGAUUGUUAGAGUGUCUAUGGAAUAUGAAGGUAAACUGGCAAAACUUCGACAAAAAAUACCAAGUUCAACAGCACAUGGGUCAUCAACAAAUCAGGAAAUAUUCCGAAUGAAAUUACAACACAUGAAAAACGAGUAUGAAAGAGAGGUUCGUCUAUUGAAAGAACAAGUAUCAGAACUUGAAGAAAGAGAAACUGCCCCACCUGGUGGAAACAGAAUGACCUUUACAACAAGCAAAAAACGAAGAUUUUAAAAGUUUUUUCUCAUGAUUUAUAUGUUGCAAUUUAUUGUUUAUGUUGAACAUUGCAGUUUGACUUAGAUUGAGUGAUCUUU